GACCCUCGAGUCCGCAUCGGUCUCCACCUCCACCUCGCCCCCGUCCUGAAAAUUCGAACGGAGCGAUGGCAGCAUAGGUCUUCCGUCUUCGGCAAAGUUCAAACAGCUCGCUCGCUGUCCUUACACCAGCCGGAUCGCCUUCUCGGCGCGGGAACAACGGCGGCGAUGGAGUCCCAGCAGGGCGGCAGCCCGCCGGGCGGCGGCGGCAAGGCGCGGGACAAGUUCUCGGUCUACCGGAACCCGUCCCUCACCCAAGCGCUCGCGUCCCGCAGCGUCCGCCCCUCCCUCCCGGUCCUCGUCCUCCUGGCGCUGCCCACCGUCGCCUCCGCUUCCUCCAUCCUCGUCCUCUCCUCCUGGGAGGGGUACCUCGUGAAGGUCGCCGGGCGAGUGGGCCUUUCCAUGGCUGCUGCCGUGCUUGUCUUUAGGUUGUUUGAGGGAGCACUGGGUCUGGUUGCGCUGUUGACACUGCAGGCUUUCUUCAGGGCGUUGAUGCUGUACAAUGGUAAGAGGGCACUGGCCAAAGAGGAGAAGGUUGUGUUGUCUGAACGUCAACUGGGGCUUCUUGGGUUAAAGACGACAGGUUCAGAAGCAGGUGGCACUGGUGAGAAAACCAAAAAGCCUCCCAAGGCAAAGCCAUCGACGCCGUCAGAGCCAAUUGUUCCAAUCAGGAAGUCUUCAUUCAGCUAUACGCCAUCUCGGCCUGUGCAAGCAAGGAUCGGAUCAAGCCAUUUGAGCCCUGGUGGUGAGAGACUGGCCACUUCAUUGCAAAUGUCACCUUCCACUCCACUCCAAAAGCCUGUUUCUUCACCUUCAACCCCAUGGUCUAGGAAAAGCUCAGGCAGUGCCAAGGGCAUACAGACAGAGACAAUGUUGGAGCAGUUCUUGGCUGGUCUGGACGAAAAUAUUGACAAAAUCACGGAUUCAGCCAGUAAAAUUUCAACGCCUCCUGCGACCAUUACAAGCUUUGGUGUUGCAAGCCCCGUAUCAGUCACCACAUCAACCACCGCUUCUGGUGCUGCAAGAAGCACACCUUUGAGGCCUGUGAGGAUGUCUCCUGGCUCCCAUCAGAAGUACAGCACACCACCCAAAAAGGGUGAGGGUGAGCUUCCACCUCCAAUGUCAUUAGAGCAGGCAGUGGAUGCCUUUGAAAAUUUGGGUGUAUACCCUGAGAUUGAGCAAUGGCGAGAUAAUCUCAGGCAGUGGUUUUCUUCAGUUUUGGUGAAACCGCUUGUCCAAAAAAUCAAAACAAGCCAUAUUCAGGUUAAGCAAACAACAGCUAGUGUUGGUGCUUCUGUUACUGUUAGCCAGGUCGGAAGUGACCUUCCUAGCACAACAGCACCAGUUGGCUUAUCUCCACUUAGUGGGACUAAAGACUGGCAGCCAACUGUCACGAUUGAUGAGGAUGGCAUUAUUAAUCAAUUGCGCACUGCACUUCUGCACUCCCGUGAUGCCCCUGUUGCACAAACCUUUGGCAGUCCACAACAACCACACCUUCCGGCUAUUCAAGCAUGUAUAGAUGCAAUUACAGAGCACCAGAGGCUUAACACUCUGAUGAAGGGAGAGCUGAUAAAAGGCUUGCUACCACAGAGUAGUGUCCGUGCUGAUUACACUGUUCAGAGAGUACAAGAACUUGGUGAAGGAACAUGCUUGAAGAAUUAUGACUACAUGGGUCAUGGAGAUGGAUGUGGAAAACUGGAGAAGAAGUGGAUCAGUGAACUGCCAACUGACUCACACCUUCUUCUGUACUUGUUUGCCGCUUUCCUCGAACACCCAAAAUGGAUGCUUCAUGUUGAUCCUACCUCGUACUCUGGUGCCCAGUCUAGCAAAAAUCCCUUAUUUCUAGGGGUUCUCCCACCAAAAGAAAGGUUUCCAGAGAAGUAUGUUGCUUUGAUUUCUGGUGUUCCAGCAGUUAUUCACCCAGGUGCUCUUAUACUGGCUGUGGGCAAGCAGAAUCCUCCGAUCUUUGCUCUAUAUUGGGACAAAAAAUUGCAAUUUUCGCUUCAGGGAAGGACGGCAUUGUGGGAUGCUAUUUUGCUUCUGUGCCACCAAAUAAAUGUUGGUUAUGGCGGUGUGGUUAGGGGGAUCCACAUAGGUUCUUCUGCCUUGAACAUCCUGUCUGUUCUUGAUUCGGACAUGGAAAGCUGAAGGGCUGCGUGCUGGUUGCCCUGAUCAUCAACAGGAGCCCUGGAAAAGAUGGUUUUUGUAGCUUGUACCUGAGGAGAUAAACUGUAACCAGCCAGUUGCUUAAUUUAAACUAACGCCAGCAUGUUUCGAACUAACCUAGUUUUAUAUCUCAUUUGUCCUGGUGAA